AUGGCGACUGAACAGCAAAUGGAAAGCACAGAUGUGAUAAUCUGUGGCUGUGGGCCGACAGGCGCCCUUCUCAGCGCGCUUCUCGGACAAAUGUCAGUGCAGAAUGUCGUGCUAGAGAAAGAGAAGGAAAUUGUUACUGAUCCCCGAGGUAUCGCUUUGGAUGAGGACGGCAUACGGAUUCUUCAGGGGCUUGGAAUCUACGACAAAAUAUACACCGAAAUUGGGACGACUAUCGGAUGGGUUUAUUUCACGUCGGGAAAACACGGUCUGAAGACGAAGCCAUUUAUGCGAAUGAAUCUUUCUUCCACUGAAGGGGGAACGGGUCAUCCCGCCGCGAUCUGUCACAAGCAACCAGCGAUGGAGAAAAAUAUCCGCCUUACCGCUAGCCGCUGCUCAUGUUCGCAAUUGCGUCUCGGAUCGACAAUAGUGGCUAUCGAGGAAGACCGCGACUGGGUUCGUGCAAAAUACGUCGACGACAACGGACAAACGAAAUGGAUUCGAGGAAAAUUCCUUGUUGGUGCAGACGGGAAGACGGGCUUCACCCGAAAGCACUAUUUAGAAGCGAAAGGUGUGCUCCUGGAAACAGUUGCUGGAUACCAUUAUCAAGAGACCUGGGUUGCACUUAACUGGCACAUGGAUCUCCCGACACCUGAAUCCCACCCGGAUUUUCCAUUAUGGAAACUCGGCUACACCCCUCAACAGGUCUAUGAUACAUUUUUCCCGCAUGGUUUUCGAUUCAUAGGUAACCCCGAUCGACCUUCAGUCUGUGGAAGUUUCGGGCACCGAGAUGAAAGAUUAUGGCGGUUCGAGUUUGUGGUAGAGGAGGGAGAGGAUCCACAGGCGAUGGCAUGUUCCGAAAAGACGAUGCAAAUCAUCGUUCCCUAUUUGACUCAUCCAGGCAGUAUCUAUGGCUUAAAAGAUCCGGUCCAGUAUCCCGCCGAUUGCAUCCACGUCCUGCGUUCAAGACCCUUUACAUUCUCUGCGAGAAGCUGUAACAAGUGGGCUGUGGGGAGAGUAAUCCUUUGCGGCGAUUCUGCGCACGUGAUGCCCCCAUUUGGUGGCCAAGGGAUAGUUUCAGGUUUCCGGGACGCUUCGGGUGUCGCAUGGAGACUUGCCCUGACUUGUAGACCGAAUUUUGACAGAAAUCAUGAGUCACUGUUCACUGGAUGGUACCUCGAACGAAAACAGCAGCUCGACCGGUCCCUCGCUGCCACGGUGGUCAAUGGAAAUUUCACAACCGCUCGCAAUCCGGUCAAGAUCUUCAUUAGAGACUGGGUUCUUUGGUUCAUGCAGCUGAUUCCCAGUGUCCGACACAAGCUGGAAUUAGGACCUCGCGCUGAGGGAAUGAUCAAAUACAAAUGGGCGCCUGGAAUGGCGUUCCUGCCUGACCUUGGAGGCGGGCUUUCUCUGCCACAGGUCUACUGUCGGUCUGUUUUCCACAGCCCCAAGGGGGGCCGGCCGAAAGUCCAGUUUACAGAUGAUGUGAUUUAUGGUCCUGGAUCCAAUUCGCUUCUUCGCCUUCUUGUCCUUGUUGAUGAUCUCGAGCAGGCAGAGAGAUCGCGAGCAGAAUUGACAGCCUUGAACCUCGAGAGCAUCUCGGAUGGAGAAGUCAAGGCAGAUGAAGCGGCAUUUCUCAUACUCUCCCCGUCCGUCGCAGCCGAGCAGACUGGCGCUUCACCAGCCAUGUCGCAGCAGAGAAUAUACCGCAUCGCGACAGGCGACGAGUUUGCCGCAUCAGAGCUCUGCCAGCACCGACCAAAACCGACCGGAUACGACAUGUAUCGCAUCAAGAAAGAGGUUGAGGGAAGAAAAUACAUUUUGGCACGGCCAGAUAGGUUCAUUUUUGCUGCAUGCCGCUCUGGGAAAGAGCUAGUCAAUGCCUGUGAGCGAAUUUCGACUACUCUUCUAGGGUCUUCAGAGAUAGCCACAUUGCCCGACUCAAAGCUCUAG